AUGUCCCGCUGCUCGCCGUCACCAUUCGACUCCAGCCCAGACUCCGCCUCCUCGCCGCCGAGCCCGCCGGACUCCGGCUGGGAGCUCCGCUUCAGCCAGGUGUCCCCCCUCACCUCCUCCGCCUCCUCGCCCUCCCGCUCCUUCUCCCCGCUCUGCUCCUCCCCCGGGACGCCGCCCUCCCCGCCCUGCUCCCCCGAGCGGCCGCAUCACGUGGAGAAACCCGGCGGGAAGAGGAAGUACAAGAGCCGCCACCUGAACAGCAGCAAGGACCUGACAUGGAGGCCGAGCCGCGGCCGGCAGCACGACAGGGAGCGCAGGAAGCGGCUCCGCAGGGAGGCGGAGAGGCGGGACAACAGUCUGACGACAGGAAGCAGGUCAGAAACACUUCCUGUUGGAGGGGGAGGAGGUCCAGAGACGACCGCAGUCCCAGCGUGGAGAUCGUCUACGAGGGAACCAUCGACUCCGCGCAGCCGUCCGCCCACAAGCGCCGCCGGAGACGCCACCGGAGACGCCACCGCAGGGGCGCAGGUCACCAGCUCUCCGGUCAUCAUCACCCUGGACAGCGACAGUAGCCAUGAUGACGGCCAGAAGAAGACCAACAGCGGCAGCAGCAGCCCCCUCAGCAGCCAGCAGACCAUCGACUUCUCCGACCUCCCGUCCCUCCCGUUGGCUCCCUCCGCCGGAGUGGGCGGUGCCGUGGAGGUCGGGGAGCUGCCCGCCGACAUCCUGGACCGCGGGUCGGACGGGUCGGAGUCGGAGGCGGCGGUUCGGUCCGGAGCGGUGCGCCGAGGCGACCGCGGCGAUCGCAGCUACGUAGACGUCGAGAACACGGAGGACGCCGUGUCGCUGCUGGAGACGUCUGACAACCACCAAGAGGCCGACGGCAAGAAACCGGGCCGCAGAGAAGACCCGUCCGACCGGUACCUGCUGGAGGCCAUCCUGGACGACCUGAACCGGAUCGCUCCACUGAGACAGAACCCGUCCCAGGAUGGCGGCUUCCUGUCGGAGAACAGAGAGCGGACGCCGCAGGAAGUCAUCCGGCUGGAGGAGAGGACAGGUUCCGGUCCAAACUCCCACCGGCUGUCAGCAGAACACGGACUCUGUCCCGCCUCCACUGGAGAGGACGGAGGGUCGGGAAGUCCCGCCUCUCCUCCGGCGGGCCAGUCCAGUCGGGUCGUACCGCAGGAACACACCGCCGCCUCUCAAACACAAGGAUGCUGGGAGUCCGCCACACGGCGCCGCCGGCCCGCCAAACGUUGGGCCACGUUGCUCCGACCCGAAUCCGACUGGCAGAACCUCACCGGGUCUCAACCCACUCGUCAUUCCUCCCAUAACAACCAUCCAGAACCAGCUCAGCGGGUCGCCGUCUAACCCCAGGCUU